AAACCUCCAGCCAGAGGAAGCAACUCACAGCAUUAAAACUUGCAAAAUGUCCUCCUGCUUCUCUGCUUUCACCCAAAAAGAGAACCGUCCACUAACCCACUGAGCAGGAACAUCCAAAUAGAAACAUCACUCCUAUGCUCUUUACUGCAGAGCCUCCAGCCAGUAUGGAGAAGGCCUCCAAAGUCCACUCCAGUCUUCCUCCGAGAUCCAGAAUGACGCCCAGGAAGGAGAGGGAGAGUGGAGCCUCGGUGCCUCCCAGAAGUCACCGACAAAGGCCAUCGAAGGCAUCAUCAGUGAGGAAAGAGAGGCCACAGAAAGAGAAGCUGGAGACAAAUGAGGUGAAGGUAGAGCAGGACACGGAAGUGAAGGUGAAGUCCACCGUGGUGGACAUAGACAGCGUGAGAGAGGAGGAGGUCAAGGAGGAGAACCUGGGGCUCCUGGAAGCAGCAGAGCAGGAUGGUCUGAAGCGCAAGAGCCUGGGAGUGUUUGAGUGGCUGCUGAUGGUCUUCGUCUUUGCUCUGGUUCUCCUCUUCUUCCCACUUUCCAUCUGGUUCUGUGUCAAAGUGGUGAGGGAGCAUGAGAGAGCUGUGAUCUUUAGACUGGGUCAUCUACUGCGUGGAAAACCCAGAGGACCAGGUCUUCUUUUCUACCUCCCAAUCCUAGAUGUGUGUCACAAGGUCGACAUACGACUGAACAUGCUGAAGAUUCCUUCUCACACGGUGGUGACAAAGGACUUGGUGAGGCCGGAGCUGAGUGCAGUGUGUUAUUACCAGAUAGAGAACGUAGCUCUGUGCAGCACGGCUCUUUCCUGUUUGACCACAGUCCUGCAGACUGUGGUCGAAGCAGCAGUCAGAGACAUUCUCGCACAGCACACAUUCAGCCACGUCCUGCUGCACAGGAGGAGGAUUGGACUGCAGAUACAAGCAGCGGUUGACUCUGUUGCUUGUCAUUGGGGCAUCAGGGUGGAGAGAGCAGACAUAGACGAGCUCAGUUUUCCUGUGGAGUUACAGCAGAGUCUGGCUGCUGAAGCUGAGGCCAAGAGACAACAGCAGGCCAAAGUCAAAGCAGCAGAAGGGGAGAGAGAUGUCUGGGAGGGGUUCAGGGCCUCCCUCCGUCUCCUCCAUCCUGCCCUGGUCCUUCCACUCCCUCCAGAUCUCCUCAGCGUGACCCCUGACCUCUCAUCCUUACCACCCCCUCCUCCUCCUGCUGUGGAGGGAGAAGGAGGGACGACAGAGGCGGAGCCAGACACAGACUCGCCAAUGAUGUGAUAGACAUGAAAGCUUAUUAUUGCUGAAAAGUUCAUAAUGAAUUAUUC